AAUCAAAUCAGACACCAUGUAUUGACUGUACCUGCCUACCCUACCCCCUGGGCUCCUGCCCUCCUCUCAGCCAUCCGUCGUUGCCAAGGUUUCCGUGUACGCGCUGCCUGCGCGAGCGGAGCCGCGCGAUUGUCAUACAGUAUUGGCAGACAUGGCGGCGGAUCUACAACCCGAGUGGAUUUCUUGUCUCCCUUCUUCGUGGAGUUAUGGGGUUACUCGGGAUGGACGCGUCUUCUUCGUUAACGAAGAAGCCAAGAGUACAACCUGGCUGCAUCCAGUGAGUGGCGAGGCGGUAAUAACCGGGCACAGAAAAACUCCAGACCUACCCACUGGAUGGGAAGAAGGAUAUACUUUCGAGGGGGCAAGGUGCUUUAUCAAUCACAAUGAGCGGAAGGUGACCUGCAAGCAUCCUGUCUCGGGCUUACCAUCACAAGACAACUGCAUCUUUGUCGUCAACGAACAAUCGUCCUCCAAAGUGCCAGCGAAUGAGAAGAAGGAACGAGCAGUAAAAAACAUGAGUGAGGCCUCCAACUACACAGGCGGCUCGGACUACGCCGCUAACCCCAGUAGCCCAGCAGGAAGACCCUCAAGACCUUCCAAAAAAGUUCAUAAUUUUGGGAAGAGAUCCAACUCUAUCAGGAGGAAUCCAAGUGCCCCAGUAAUCAAGAGAAACUGGCUUUAUAAACAGGACAGUACAGGGAUGAAGCUGUGGAAGAAGAGGUGGUUUGUGCUGUCUGACCUGUGCCUCUUCUACUACAGAGACGAAAAAGAGGAGGGGAUACUUGGCAGCAUACUCCUACCAAGCUUUCAUAUAUCUAUGCUGUCUGUGGAUGAUCACAUUAACAGAAAAUAUGCCUUCAAGGCAACACAUCCCAACAUGAGGACAUACUAUUUUUGCACAGACACAGCCAAAGAAAUGGAGUCUUGGAUGAAAGUAAUGACAGACGCUGCACUUGUGCACUCAGAGCCGGUCAAAAGGUUGGACCGGCUAAAAGUGGAGCAGUGUGGACCACAAGAGAUCAAUCAUGUGGCUAACCACAGGCCACCACUCACACAACCUGAAAUCCAAAACAAUGAACGCAACCGUGAGGUCGAUCUUGAGUGCACUGCCGCAGUCACCUCCACCACGGCAGAAGAAGAGAGGAAGCAGCUAGAUGCUGAGCGCUAUGGUUUCCAGAAGGAUGGGGAGGAGCGUGAACGUCCACUCACAAAGAUCAACAGCAUCAAACUGCAGCCAGCCCAGGCAGCAGCUGUCAAAGCUAACUUCACCUCGCCGCAGACUCCAACGGAGAUGGACGGGCCACACCAAGUUAAUGGAUCUGGCGAGCAGUCUCCAGCUGAUGGGACCGGAGUCCCUCCUCAGCGAAGUCCCACCCAUGAGCCAGACCGCACCCUGAGUAGGACCAGCUCUAUGCAGCAGCUGGAGCAGUGGGUUCGUACACAAAGAGGACGUAACCAGGAUGAUGACACCAGGAGCAUCACAUCAUACCAGACACUGCCUAGAAACAUGCCAAGCCAUCGGGUGCCCUAUAUGCCUCAUUAUGGAGAUGGCUACCGCAGUAUGCCCAGGAAUAGCAUGGCUCAGCGGGACAGCAUCUGUAGUAUGUCGCCAUCAUUGUACGACCAGGCCCUGGGUCCCUCGCCGGUUGACAAGCGCCGCUCCAUGCGCGAUGACACCAUGUGGCAGUUGUAUGAGUGGCAGCAGAGGCAGGCCUACUGCAGACAGCCGGGUCUCUACAGCAAUAUGGCCAGUCCCAAAACCAUGAUCAAUCUGUCAGAGCAUGCGGCGCCGAGUCACUCCAUCCCCCCCUCGCCCUCCCACGGCUCCCUGUCGAUGUACGGUGGCUACUCUCCAAUGCGAUCCUACAACAUGAACAGUGCUCAUUCCGAGGUUUCCUCCCCCAUCUACAGAAGAGACAUGAGCAUCGACAGACGGCACAGGCCUCAAGUCAACAAGUAUGCCUACCCACCUGAUAGGAGGUCUAUGCCUGUAGGGAUCCCAGUCCAGACUAUCACUGCCCAGUCUCUCCAAGGCAAAACACCUGAGGAACUGACUCUGCUGCUGAUAAAGCUGCGGCGGCAGCAGGCAGAGCUAAACAGUAUCCGGGAGCACACUGUAGCACAGCUUAUGCAACUAAACAUGGAUGGCGACAACCCAAAGAAUGACAUUCUCUCCCAUCACCUCCAAAGGAACCUCAUGUUUUUGGACAAUCAGCUGAGUCCAGAGGACUACAGAGAACAUGCCUAUACGUGUAUGCCAGAAGAGGUGGACAUUGAUACCAAACUUAGCAGGUUGUGUGAGCAGGAUAAAGUGGUGAGGACACAGGAAGACAAACUUCAGCAGCUGUACAGAGAGAAGCACACCCUGGAGACAGCACUGCUGUCAGCUAGCCAGGAGAUAGAGAUGGGCUCUGAUAACCCAGCUGCCAUGCAGAGCGUCAUCCAGCAGAGAGACUUACUGCAGAGCGGCCUGCUCAGCACCUGCAGAGAGCUGUCGAGAGUCACUGCUGAGCUGGAGCGGUCAUGGAGGGAGUAUGACAAGCUGGAAGGAGAUGUGACUCUGGCUAAGAACAACCUGCUGGAGCAGCUAGAAGCACUAGGAAGCCCUCAGACAGAGCCUCCCAGCCAGCAGCAUGUCCGCAUCCAGAAAGAGCUGUGGAGGAUUCAAGAUGUAAUGGAGGCCCUCAAUAAACACAAAGCUCAGAGAAAUGCUGUUGAUGGGAUGGGUUUCUAUGGGCCUAAGACCAACUUCAGUAAGCACAAAAAUGAGGAGGAGGACUCGGUACCCCCACGGCCACCCCUACCUCAGUCCUACGAGCCCAACCCCCCUACUGUGCCCCCUAUGCCCUCUCAUGCUGGUGUGCGCCCAUCAUCACUCCACAGGCCGGAGGACAGGAAGUCCAGUCACAGGAAUGGCACACACAGCGGUCCAGACUACAGGCUGUAUAAGAGUGAACCAGAGCUCACCACAGUAGCCGAAGUGGAUGAGAGCAAUGGAGAGGACAGAUCUGAACAUCCGUCUGAUAGAGAACAUUCUGGAAACAAAGGGAUGUCCUACCCAGUUGGCAUUGUCCCACCGAGAACCAAAUCUCCAGUGCCUGAGUCUUCCUCCAUAGCUUCAUAUGUCACAUUAAGGAAAAGCAAGAAGCCUGAUCCUAGGACGGAGCGUCCACGAAGCGCAGUGGAGCAGCAGCUGUGUGCUGUGGAGAGUGGCCGGCCCAGGAUGAGUGUGGAGGAGCAGCUGGAGAGGAUUCGUCGCCACCAGCAGGGAACCCUAAGGGAGAAGAAGAAAGGCCUCAGCAUCCGGGGUAGCAGCCAGGAGAACACACCCUCUCGCAGUCACUCAUUUACUAAAGAAAACCAUUUCCGCAGCAUGCAGUCCCAAAUGAGACGCAGAGAUGAGGUGAUGAGCAGUGACAUUCAGGAGCUGGAGGCCUCUCUCAGGCAACAGGAGGUGGUGAGGGAGCAGGAGACGCCCGCCGAGGAAAUUGCCCGUCUCAAAGAAGCUUCACAGGCUGACCACUUUAAUGUGGACCGAGAGCUUUCUGUGCCUGACAAAGUGCUGAUUCCUGAACGUUAUGUAGAGUCAGACCCUGACGAGGCUCUGAGCCCUGAGCAGGAGGCUGAUAAGCAGAGGAAAGUUGACCGCAUCAAAGCCCUCAUAGCAAAAAACAGCAUGCAAAAUGUGCUGCCUAGCAUGGCUCUAAGCCCAGAGGAGGAGACUGAAGAGGAGGUUACUGUACAGGAGAAAGAGAAGAUGAUUAAUAUCUCCUACGAGCUGGCAGCUGAGGCCUCCAAACGCAGCAAGCUGGUAGCAGUGAAAAGCCUGUCGUCCUCUUCCCCACCCCUUCCACAGUCUCCUAACACACCCCCUCAGCUCACUGAUGGGUCUCACUUCAUGUGUGUGUAGUAGCACCACACAGGCUCUGGCCUCAGUAAAAACAUACACAUGAAGGAAACAGCAGUAGAAGUAUAAAGAUGCCCCUGAAGACUUACCCAAGGACAUCAGCACAAGGCCACAGGCCCACAGAGAGUGAAACUGCCUACUCUGUCCUCUCGGGCCUUAACCUCUGACUUCUGUAUGCUCACUGUGACGUCUUAAGCUCUGAUGCCACAAAAAACUCUUUUCUCUGUGACAUUUCUCUGCAAUUGCCCCUAUUUUGGGGCGUCACACUCUCCUUAACCUGGUGAGACAGCUUUGAUUCUGUUGUUGCAGUUCCAUUUUCAGUUUUUACAAGGCUUUUAAGUUUAUUUUUAAUAUUUAUAUGGUUUUAUUAGGUUCUUGUUUGAAUAUGGGCUAAUGUCUGUCUGUAGAUAUAUAUGAGGCUAAUAGACAGAGCUCUGCUGUAAGCCUAAGGGCCCGUGAUUAAAUGUUUUUGGCCAUGCCACAUUUUCCAUUCAUGUUUCACCACCUGUCCAAAAAGGUUACAAGAAAACAUUUUCACAUCAUUUGAGUUCACUUAAGUCUUUUAUAAUUCACUCAAUUUGUUUUUCAGGCAUUGGUCAUCAGCCAACCAUUCAUAUUUAUCCAUUUAUUGUAAAGAACAUUUGUCGAUGCAAAACAUAGAGAUAUAGAUUCCUCCAUUAUAAUGAAAGGAGGAGCCACAUUAUUGCUGCAGACUAAGAUUAUUUGUAAUUUCUCCUAUUUCUGGGUUGUAAUUAUUUAAAAAUGGGAUCAUCUGCAGUCCCUGUGGCGUUGUUGCCGACAAUUGUGUGAAUGUUCUGGCUUAAGUCACUCUAUACUGUCUUUUUUUUUAUUGCUGAGAGAUCUAUUUAAUUGAAAGAUGGAAAAAAUCUGACUUUGGUUCUAUUUUAUGAUAUGUUGGUUUGAAGUCCUGUAACUAAAAAAAAAAAAGAUGAGCACAUGUAAAAAGCAAUAAAAAUGUUUGUGGAUCCAGGAUUAAUUUUUUUUGUGUGUACAAAGUGUAAUUAUCAGAGGUUUACUGUGUAUAUAAUGUACAUGGUACAGCAGGAUGGGAGGAUGUAUCCAAGAUAUGGUUACGUACUAGAUUUGAUUUGGAAAUGUUCAUAUCCCAUCUGUUUUAUAUCAUGUUAAAUAAAUGUUGCUGUUCUUAA